GAAAUAUGUUGUGAAUAAUAAGUGAAUGAUUGUCACGGAACAAGAUAACGGUUUAUUUAUUGUAACGCCUAGCGGAAAAAUAACGGUUAUUAUUUACUGUUAUAAAAAACUUAUACACCUUUUGUGGCAGACAUGACAUCCCAUGGAAAUAAAAGAAAAAUAGAAGAUAAAGAAAAACUGCCUCCAUUACCAGACUAUGAACCAACAGCUUUUUUAAGAUGUCAUUCUUCUGAAAACGACCCUAAUGAUAAUUUAUCUAAGGUAUGGCGGUCAGCUUUUGAACCAAGUCUUCAAAAUCCAGGGGAAUCAACUUAUAUUUUAGCAUCAUGUGGAUCAAAGAUUGUUAAUUUAAUAGAUUGUCAGACAGGGAAAGUUAUGAAAAGAUAUAAUGAUCCAGAUAUUAAUGAGUCAUUUUACACAUUAGCAUGGAGUACAUUACCAAUUCAAGGGAAAACAUCAAAGUGUAAUAUUCUAGCAGUAGCUGGAGAAGGAUGUCGUGUUAAGCUUCUAUAUCCCACACAGUUAGUGAUGUAUUCAACUUUAACAUAUCAUAAAAAAUAUAUCAGUUGUCUUCUAUUUCAUUCUACAAAACCAAAUUAUCUCUUCAGUGGAUCAAGAGAUGGUUGGAUUGUAUUAUGGGAUAUUGGUAUACCAGAUAUAACAUUACAAACCAAAAACAACAAUAGUCCUUUACUAAGGUUCGCAUUACCAGAUAUAAAUUCAGAUGCUCUCAAUUUAGCGUAUAGUUCAGCACAGAAUAUUCUUAUCGCAGCCUGUGAAAAUGGUUGUAUAGGAUGGAAACUUGAUGACAUGAAUAAACAAACCAAAAAAAGAAAUAGAAUUAUUAGCCAGACAGAUUAUAUAUUUGUUAAAUCGGAUGUAAAACAAACUAUAGAUGGAUUGAUCAUGUUAACAGAUGAUAUAAUAGCAACCAAGCAAGUUGGAACUGGAUUGAUACAAAUGUGGAGUAUAAAAGAAAAUAUAAAUAGUAAAAAAAGUAAAAGUAGACAGACAAUAAAACCAUUGUUAGAAUUAGAAUAUACAUCAACAACUGUAGAUUAUCUUAACUUUGGAUACACAGCAGGUAUGUUGUGUGUUGGUGAUGAUGUCGGCAAUAUUUAUUUAUACAAUUUAAAAAAUUAUCUCAAGAAAAACAAGUCACAAGAAUCGCUCCUUGCACCUUCUCAGGUUAUUGACUGGCCAGAAUUAUCAGUUGAUAGUAGAUCAGAUAUAGAUAGUGAUGCUGUACCAGAAUUAGAUAAACAGAAAAUUGUAGUAAAUUGUGUAUCUGUGAGUUCCAAUCAAGAAUAUAUAGUUUAUGGAACAGAUACAAACUUAUUGUGUAUAUGGAAAAGAUGUUGAUCUAGUUAACAAAAAGAUGUUGAUCUAGUCUACAAAAAUAAUCAAAUACAGUACUGCCAAUUAAGUAAUUAUAGUGAUAGUCUAGGUCACUGAGACAUCUGUAUUAUAUUACUUUAUAAAUGUUUACUGUCAAAUCUUAAUCAAAUAAUGUUGUUUUGAAUGUUUUUUAAACUACACUGUUCCAGAAAAUAUCAUUUAGUAACCCAAUAUGUCUGGAUCAAUGAAAUUAUGAUUUCAUAUGUCAAGCUUGGCAGGCUGUUAUUUUAUGAUUGUCGCUUGUUAUGUUAUUGUGAAGAUGGGUAAGAUAAUUUUUAAAAUUGUUACUGUAUAUUUUGAUU